CGGCUCGAGAGCAGCAGGCUCGGUUGCGCUGGGCGUUGCGAGCGGUUGCGCCGCGCUCUCCCCCUUGGUAACCGGAGUGCGGGCGGAGGGGCGGCGGGGACUGUCCGCCGCUGCCAGCAGCCCCGGGGCCCCUGCCUGGCUCCAGCCUCCCGGCCGCCGAGCGCGCGAUCGCGGGUCCCGCCGCGGGGAGCCGAGCCGAGCGGAGCGGAGCGAGCGCGGGGCGGCGGCGGCGGCUCCAUCAUGUCGACGGGCGGCGACUUCGGCAACCCGCUGCGGAAAUUCAAGCUGGUUUUCCUGGGCGAGCAGAGCGUGGGGAAGACCUCCUUGAUCACCAGGUUCAUGUAUGACAGCUUUGACAACACCUAUCAGGCAACAAUUGGCAUUGACUUUUUAUCGAAAACCAUGUACCUGGAGGAUCGAACAGUACGGUUGCAAUUAUGGGACACAGCAGGUCAAGAGCGGUUCAGGAGCUUGAUUCCUAGCUACAUUCGUGACUCCACUGUUGCAGUUGUUGUUUAUGAUAUCACAAAUGUAAACUCAUUCCAGCAAACCACAAAAUGGAUUGAUGAUGUCAGAACGGAAAGGGGCAGUGAUGUCAUCAUUAUGCUAGUGGGAAAUAAAACAGAUCUAGCAGAUAAGAGGCAAGUGUCCAUUGAAGAGGGAGAGAGGAAAGCCAAAGAGCUGAAUGUAAUGUUCAUUGAAACUAGUGCAAAAGCAGGAUACAAUGUAAAACAGCUUUUCCGACGUGUGGCAGCUGCCUUGCCUGGAAUGGAGAGCACACAGGACAAAAGCAGAGAAGACAUGAUCGACAUAAAACUGGAAAAGCCUCAAGAGCAGCCCGUCAGUGAAGGAGGUUGUUCCUGCUAAUACCAUGUUGCUUCUCUUACCUUCCUCCAGAACAUCACUGCUUCCCCUCCCUUUACUCUUCAUUGACUGCGGUGUGAAUAUUGGCUUGAACUGUCCCCUUUCAGUAAUAACGUAUUGCAAUUCAUCGUUGCUGGCUGUCUCGUGGAGAUGAUCUCUUAGCUUCACAAGCGCGCACACAAAAGAAAAUGUCAGUGUCUUCAUUAUUUAUAAGAAAAAAAUAAAGCCAAAAUAUUCCAGCAUAUUCCAGUUAUAACUUUAAAAAGAUAGGUACAAUUUCUUAAUAUUUGUUCCUUUUUUAAUGUUAUAAUAUUGCUCUUUGAAAUGAUGGAAAUCGAGUAAGUUUUGAAUUGGACUUGGUCAAGAGGAAUGUGCAGAAUAACACUUAUAUCUUACCCACUUGAUUUCGCUAUCAAACUGGAAAUGGCUAGACAGCAGUCAAAAGAGAGGCAGAGUUGGCUUUUCCUUAAGGAUUAGAUGCUGCCCUUUCAAUAUCAAAUAAACAAGAGCUAGAACAUCCUCUAUGCUGAGAUGCUCUGAAUCUUUUUUCAAGCCCCAAACAUUUUGGAAACCUGAAACUUUAGCAGGGUUUUGAUGCUGAAAAAGGCUACUGAGUCUUUUAGUCUUUGCAGAGUCAAUAUGAACAAAUUUCCAAGAAAGCAGACCCAGAAAUACUAAGUGUCUUUCUGAUAUUGAUAAAUGGCUCUUUUGGGGAGGGACACGUGUGCUAACGAAACACUUUUGCCGAAGACAAGUAAACAGAUGUCUUGGAUACACAAUUAGUUUUAAAAGCAUUUUUUCUUUGAUGUAGAACUCCAAUAAAGUAAAUUAUUACUUGAGAGAUUGGAACAUGACGUUUUGGCUAUUGUAUCGGGGAGAAAAGCAAUUUUAAAAAAAAGGAAUUUUUAAACAAAGUUCAGCAUCAGCACUAAAAACAAUUUUGUCAGUGGAUUGGCGUGUCCAAAUUGUAGCAGAAAGACAAAACAGCCUUUGAUGGAACAAGUAGAAAUGUUACAAUACUUGACAGUUAAUAUGGGGUGGAUUGAUGGAGGAUCAGCUUGUGGGUUUCCUUAUCAUGGUCCUAAGUAAAUUGGGGGCGGGGGGAUGUUUACUUGUGAGCCUAUAGAAGUAGAUUUGAAAGACCCUAAGUGAAAAAGAAGGGAAUUUUAAUAGGAUGGAAAGAAACUUAUGAUUAUGCAGACGUAUGCCUUUAAUUUUUAGCAUUUUUUAUGUUGGGUCUUCCAAGUUGGUUUAGUUUUUUCAUUAGAUCUGUAUAGUUUGGUUAAAUAGCUAGUAAUUUAGUUUUAUAUUUAACUAAGCUACAAUUAACCAUUUUUCUUUGAUAUUUAUUUCUCGGCUUAAUUUUUUUACUAUUUUCAGUAUUUUUUGUUUUGCUGAGGAAUCCGUGUAGAGUUUUGCCAGUGUUGCAAGAUGUAGCUAUCCAAGAAACACAGAGAAACCAAUACACUAGACGCGCACCCUUGUAAUCUUUACUAGUCCUUGUGAAAUUGCUGUGUCAGUUAAUAAACACAAUUGUAAAUACAUUGUUUGCAGGAAGAGUAUUGCUGAGUUACAGUGCAGGAAAAAAAUUCCCAAGUCUACCUUACACGCAUUACUUAAUCGACGGAGUCUAAAGAUGGAAUCGAAAACACUCAGACUCCUCCCUCCUCUCCUUCCCCCACUGAAAAUAACCAACCCUGGGGGAAUAAUCCCCCUCCCCCACUGCUGUCACCUGGCAAUAUGCAGAGAACGUGUGGAAUUCUGCAUUCUGCAAUUGAAUGUCAAAUCAAUACCUGCCCGGGGUUUAUAAUAACUCUGCAUACCAAUAACUUAACAUUAAAGGCAAAAAUGAGAUGUAAAGUGCUUUUAUAAUGCAAUAUUAAAGGCGAUUUUUUUUUUGACGUGGCAUGUCUUGAAAUAAACAGUGAAAUAUGACGAAGGAUCAUAUUCUUUAUUUCAAAGAAGCUGAUGUGGGGAGGAAAACCUGGCUACUUUUCCUGUAUUGUAGUCGCCUUUAUUGUGCAAAAAAACAAAAACCCCAUCUUGCUGCUUUUAAUAUUCAGUUUUCUUUGGCUUGGAUUCUGAAAGUAAUUCAGUUUGUUCUGUAAACAAGCGCAGCAUUUUUGCCUCCAAUAAAGUAUAAGGAAAACACUAAAACACGGUGCUUGAACAGCAACUCUUAGCCCUAAGCUUGAAACGUUUGACAAGCCAGGCCCUAGAUAAGUCAGAUGCAGGGCCGGCUUUAGGAACUGUGGGGCCCGAUUCGAAUACCCGGCGGCGGGGGGGUCCACUUUGGGUCUUCCGUGGCACUGAAGGACACACACACACACACACACACGCCCUGCCGCCGAAAUGCCACUGAAGACCCAAAGCAGACCACUGCCGGCUGAGUACAAAAAUUAAAAAGGCGCCUAAGGCACGGGGCCCGAUUCAGGGGAAUCGGCCUAAAGCCGGCCCUGGUCAGAUGAUUACUCAAGCAAGUAGUCCUUACUCAGCCGAGUCAUCAUCCUUAUUUUAAUGGGGCUACUUGUGCAAGCUAUGGGCUGCUUGUUUGCGUAAGGGUUUGCAAGAUCAGCCCAUUAGGACUUGCCUUUGCCUGAAAAUGAGUGUUAGAACCUGACCUCGAGGAGUCGUGUCUUGAACAUGUUAAACACUUUGUGGUUGCAUAAACCAGGACAGCUCGUGUGUUGAACAUUUUCAAUUGGUCGUGGUAGAUUCCCACUGAAACCAGGGCGUACCUCUGACUACCGGACUUGUUUAACACAACUUGUCCCUGCAUCCACUGACUGCAAUCGUAUAGAACAUCGUGUUAGCUUCCAUGACUCCCAACACAGGUUCUAAUACUACCCCGUUUUCUAGUGAAAGGAAGCCCCCGGUAAUGUACAUGGAAGCAGAAUGUUUGUCUGUACGGUGCUUCCUCAUUCCAAGUUGUCUAGCUUUUCUUUCCAUCCACGCUGCCAGUUGACCCGUGAGAAUAGGCUCUUUUUUUAAAGACGGUUUUAAAACAGUAAAAAUUUCCGCUUUGUUUCUUUUCCCCUCCCCACUCUGGCUUGAUGAUGUACAGUACCUUCUGCAACUGUCCAUUACUCACUUUUUGUCUUGAUGCAAAGUAGUUGAAUAAAUUGUAAAAGGGGGGAAAAGGUUCCUUCUCUUCUUCAUGUUGGAAUGUCACUGGUACCUCAGCUCUGUUUGAUAAUAUAAAACAACAAAAAUUCCUUAGCGCUUGAACUAAAUAAAUACCUGUCUCAUUGGAA